GUGUUUUUCUCAACAAAAUAUCAUAAAUGAUCCAACAAAAUGGAAUAAGGAAGAUAUUACAAAAAUUGAAAGGUCACUACAUAGAUUUAUUCCUUUAAUUAGAUUUUAUGGUAUUGAACCUGCGGAUUUCUUUUACAAAGUUUAUUGUUAUAAAGAAAUUUUGCCUCAGGAUUUAAUUCAUAAUCUUUUGGAAUUUCAUAUAGUUCCUAAUAUGAAACCCAAAACUAAUGUAGCACCUUCAAGAAAACUAAACUUGAAAUUCAGACUUGAUUCAACAUUAAUUGAAUCAAAUCACAUUCCCUUAUUCGCUUCAUGGAUUGAUAAAAAGGAUUCCUCUUAUAAUAAAAAUAAGAUCCCUUAUGAAUUUAAAUUAUUAUAUCGUUCAAGUAGAGAUGGAUUUAAUGGUGAGACUUUUCAUAAACAUUGUAUUUGGGCAGCAAAAAUUCAAGGUUCAACACAACUAAUUGGAGGAUAUAAUCCUCUUGAUUGGAAUGGAAAUAAAAUUUGGAAAAAAACUGCAGAUAGUUUUUUAUUUAAUUUUACAGAUGGAAAAGAUAUUUCUACAGCAAAAUUAGGUUAUGUUAAUAAUACAAAUUAUGCUAUUUUCUGCUAUAAUAAUUAUGGGCCAUAUACAGGUGAUUUAUGUUGCCAGGGUUCUAAUGAUUGGGCUUGCUAUGAUCAUAGUAAUUAUUAUCCAAAGAUAGGUAUUCCAAAACAUUUUAUAGUAGAAAAUUAUGAAGUAUUCCAAGUGAUAAGACAGUAAAAUUUUACUA